UUCUGUAAUGGUCUUAACGCGCUUCCACGGCUAUAAACAAAUAUUAAUCUUUUGCUACUUUGAAUGGUUUUGUGUCUGUAAAGAGAUCAUCUCUCACUGUGUUGCAUUAUUGCUUUCUCUUCAAACACUUCAUAACGUCACCAGUUUCUUCCAUGGAAUUCGCCUCUUCAACUUCCAAACUCCCAAAGAUGUAUGAUGUGCUGAUUAACUUCAAUGGAGAAGACAUUCGCAGGAAAUUUGUUUCUCAUCUCGAUUCUGUCCUCUCUGCUGCUGGACUCACCACUUUCCUUCACCACCAGAAUUCAGUCAACGACAUGGACAUCCAACAACCUAUUCUCAAUCUGUGUCGGGUAGCAAUUGUUGUUUUCACCAAAACCUAUUCUCAAUCUGCUUGGUGUCUUCAUCAGCUUCAUCAAAUCAUUGAGUGGCAUAAAACUUAUUGUCGACAUGUUCUGCCCGUAUAUUAUGAUAUUCAGCCAUCUGAUGUUCGACUUCAAAAGGGUGAUUUUGGAAAAACCCUCAAAGCAACUGCACAACAAUCAUUUUCAGCACAACAACUGGAGCAUGGCAUGUCCAGGUGGAACCACGCACUAAGCAAAACUGCAGAUUUUUUUGGAUGGGAUGAGAGCAAUUACCGGAGUGAUGCUGAACUAGUGGACACAAUUGUUAAAAGCAUUCUUAAUUUACCCGUCUUGUCUGCUACUAAAUUUCCAAUUGGAUUACAACCCCACGUGGAAGAUGUGAUUCAAAUUAUAAAAAAUAAAUCCACCGGGGUUUGUACUGUAGGGAUAUGUGGAAUGGGAGGAUCCGGUAAAACCACACUUGCCAAAGCCAUCUAUAAUCAAAUUCAUGGUACAUUCUUAGAGAAAAGUUUUAUUGAAGAUAUUUCAGAAGUUAGUCGAACACGAAAGCAGGCUAAUUUACAAGAACGACUUCUUUCGGAUCUCCUAAAAACAAAGGUGGAGAUACAUAGAGUUGAGAUGGGAAGAAGUAUGAUUAGGGAAAAUCUUUAUGGGAAAAAGGUGCUCAUUGUUCUUGACGAUGUGAGUGAGUAUGGGCCAUUGGACCUAUGGGAAAGUAGUGCAAGGUUCGGUGAAGGAACUGUAAUAAUCAUUACAACAAGAGAUGAUCGCCUACUGAGGAUACAUCAAGUUGAUUCUAUUUUCCGGAUGAAUCUAAUGAACCCAAACGAGUCCCUUGAGCUUCUUAGUUGGCACGCAUUUAGAGAACCAAAACUAAAAGAAGAAUACCAUUUCCUUGCAGAAAGAGUAGUUGCUUAUUGUGGAGGACUACCUCUACUUCUUGAAGUCAUUGGAAGCUGUUUGUAUGAAAGGACGAAGGAAGAAUGGAAUAGAUUAUUGUUGCAAUUAGACAACAGUCCCCAGCACGAAGUUUCACAGAUAUUGAAAAUAAGCUACGAAGGUUUACUUAAUCAAAUGGAAAAAGAUUUAUUCCUUGAUGUAUGUUGUUUCUUUAUUGGAAAAUGCAGAUUUUAUGUUACCAAGAUCCUAAAUGGCUGUGGAGUAGACCCUGAUAGAGGAAUAAGAGUUCUCAUAAAGCGUAACCUCGUAAAAGUUAGAAAGAACAACAAAUUUGGAAUGCAUCCUUUGCUACGACAAAUGGGAAGAGAAAUUAGUCACGAAAUUUUAAGUAAGGAACCUGAGAAAAUCAGUGGGUUGUGGCUUGAUGAGGAUGCGGAACAUGCACUGUCACGGAAUACUCUAUUUUCAUCACAGCAGACAAAAGUCAUUCAAAGAUUUUCAAGAAGACUGGUGAAUCUUGCUGGAGUUUCUUGGUCCCUUUGUGAGAAACUAAGAUGGGUCAGUUUGAAAGGGUUUUUUUCACAAUACCUACCUAACGACUUUUAUCUGCGUGAUGCAAUAGUGAUUGAUUUAAAACACAGUCUUCUUCGACUGGUCUGGAAACAACCCCAGAAACCCCUGACUUUUCGAGACUACCAGCUCUCCAACAACUCAUUCUCAAAAAUUGCCAAAGUUUGCGUGAAGUACAAUCUUACAUUACUAAAUUUGAAGGGCUGUACAGGUCUAGGCAAUCUCCCCAGAGAGAUAUAUAUGUUGAAAUCUUUAAAAGCUCUCGUUCUUUCUGGUUGUUCCAAAAUUAUCCUACUGGAGAAAGAUAUAGUGCAAAUGGAAUCCUUGAUAACCCUAAUUUCUGAAAAUACAGUUGUGAAACAAGUGCCUUUUUCGAUUGCAAGUUCAAAAAGCAUUGGAUAUAUAUCCUUAUGUGGAUUAGAGGAACGGUCACAUAAUCUUUUUCCUUCUAUCAUUCGGUCUCGGAUGUCACCAACAACGAAUCCCCUAUCUUAUAUUCAUACUUUCAGUGGUAUGGAGGAUAAUAGUUGGGAUGAUAUUGUACCAUUUUUUAGCAGCCUUACAAUCCUUCGAAGUGUUUUGGUGCAAUGUGACCCCGAGUUUCAACUAUCUAAGCAACUACAAGCGAUACUGGUGGAUUAUUGUGCAAAUAUUACAGAAUCAAGAAUUUCAAAGCAUCACUUCAGGUCUUGUUUGGUUGGUGUUGGAAGAUACGAAGAAUUCUUCAAUACUGUCAGUUAUGGCAUAUAUGAGGUAUUGGCAAGUAGUGGGUCAUGUGAUGUUUGUCUCCCAGGUGACAAUUAUCCUUAUUGGUCGGCCCAUAGCGGUGAGGGACAUUCUGUGUCUUUCACUGUGCCUCGGGAUUGUGUAAUGAAGGGCUUGAUUUUAUGUGUUGUUUGUUUAUCAACUCCCGAAAUCAUUGAACCUGAACUUACUACCGUCAUAAUUGUUAAUUACACGAGGUGCACAUUACAGAUACACAACCAUGGCACAGUAAUUUCCUUUAAUGAUGAAGAUUGGGAUCACAUAGUAUCAAAUUUAGGAUCUGGAGACAGAGUGGAGAUUUUUGUGUCUUCUGCUUAUGGAUUGGUGGUUAAGGAGACAGCUGUUUAUUUGAUGUAUGGUGAGCCAAAGAAAAAUUCCCUCAUUAGAUCCAUAAAGAAAAUUAUAAUGUGACUUGGGGUAAGUCAUUUUUCUUCUUUGUCAACACCAGGAUCAUUUUAGUUAUGGAAUUAAUCCUACUAUCCCUUUUUGCUAUUUUUUUCAUCUUUUUCUUCCUUUUUCUUUACAUAUAGAUUAUAGUUAAAAAUUUCAUGUUUAUUUUACCCUGUUUCUCACUCCUGAGUGGUGCUUCUCUGGUUUUGCUUGAUGUGUUUAUUGUUUUUGUUUUCUGGUGGUUACUUUUUGUUAAUUAUUUUCCCUUUCAGCAAAUAAUGUUUAUUUAAGAAAGACGUUAAUUAAUUAAUAAAGACAUUUGUUGCUUGAUAUUUUAUGGGUUUUUCUUUGGUAUCUGCCAAGUAAUCUCUGUUUUCGUUUCAACAUAAGGAGCAUCGUAGACUAAUCCCUUUAUAUAAGUCUAAAUGAAACAAAUUUUAAAUUCACUUCUCGUUUUACACUGAUUCUAUUUGUUUUAUGUAUAAUUUAAAUAAGUUUUUUUUUUUCGGUUUACCUUUAUAAGUUUAAUUAUAGUUUUCAGUUUUUGGGUUUUUAUUAUACCUAAUUUUGCAAUUUUGUUAGAAAAAGUUUAAAACUUAAGAACGUUAACUUUAAGUAUCAUUUCCGUGUGAACAAACAAAAGUGGUUUAUUUUUAUUAUUUUUCUGCUUUUUCCU